CAGGCAUUUCCUUUACAGUGGGGAAUAUGUGCACCCAAACAAUGUGAUGAGCACGAUUUAACUAACUUGGUGGAUAAAUUUCUUGCCUGUAAGUUGGCCAUUGUUUAUAUUAAAACAUUUAUUUUUUCAUUUAUGCUAACUAGGACUGCAGUGAUACGUUUCUUCUGCAUUAUAUGAUACAGAUCAUAUACAUGGUGUACAAAAGCAUGGUGUAGUACUUAUUUGAUUAUAAUCAAUGAUCAACUGGGCAGCGCGCAAAAAAGGUGGUGUCUGAUAUCCGGAAGCUAAAGCGUAUUUUGCUAUUGGGCUAGUGAAUAAUGUCCAGCGCUGGCCACAAGAUCCCUACUUUCCUUUUUCAUCCUUAUACAAUGUACCGGUAGUUCUCCACGGUGUGGAAGUGUGAAAGAACCCUAUACUUUCCUUGCUCAUCCCAAGUUCUACACUUGCACGUGAAGUUUUCCGGGGGAAUUCAAAUAAUUUUAUAGAAGUGUAAUCAAUCCUGCUGGUCAAGAUUUUUUUUUUCGGGGGCAGGGGGCAAGUCAAACUGACAUUCUGGAUAGUACAUGCUAACUUCAACUUGCCCCAAAAGCAAGCUGCAAAACUGUCUUUCUUUGCACCCUGAGGGGCCAUGUUUUGACCUCUUUAUCCAUUGGCUGAUAAAACAAAUAACGAACUCUUGCCAAAACCAUUUUUCAAGGUCAUACGAAAAUUGCUUUAUCAGUGGUCCUUUUUUUCUAAGUGAGCUUUGUCAGAAUUACCCCACCAGACUAAACUGUCUGUAAAUGGAACAUGUCUGUUCCAGCUGAACUGCACUAUACUCAGCUCUUGUAGAAGGACCAGCCUCACUCUCUUGUGUGAAUAAUUACAAGAAAUUUGCUAACGAACAGUGAUUUAGGAGAAUAGAGAUAAUUAAAAAAGAGUGUAAAAAGCUGAGGUUUCGGCAUCAUCAUGAUGUCAUUGGCAAAUUGCCUUCUUGAUAGACACCAGCUCAUGAUUAAACGGAACCUUUUCCCUGCAGCAUUUGCCUGAAAAUUAGCGGUACGGCUUGUCUGUGGGGAGAAAUCUGUGACUGACCACUUUUCAAAUUUGCUUUUCUCUAAAUUUGUUAUUAUAAAUGUCAGUUGUUAAAUGUUUUUGUGGAUUUUACUUAUGUUUUACUCGUAGUGAAAAUCAAUGUCAAGGUUAAUAGUAGAAUGGAGUAUUUUAGGUAAAAAAUAUGUUUCUAGUACCGUGAUCAAGUCACAUCUUCUCUCUAAAGUCAUCAUAAGCCAAUCAUGACUCACGAUUUAAUAGCGUUGAACUUUCUCAAAACUCAGUUCAGUCAAAAAACAAACAGCAGCACUUCAAACCACGAGUUUUUGCACUCAUUACAUGAUAACUUAUGAAAGCUGUUUUACAGGAAAAGUCAACACAUAUUCAUGCGAACGUACAAUGAAAGAAUAUGUUCAUGGUUUGUUUACUACAGAAGUAGAAAUUAAUUGAACAUCAGACUGUACGCAGCUGUAUUUUGUUGAGUCGAUCCGUAAGAAUUUCGUUGUUACAGACGGAACUGACAGCUAUUGUAAUAGAGGACUUCAUUCACUUUUUACAAGCCGCAGUGGUUUAAUAUCUGUUUUCUGGACUUUAUUAUGAUCAAGAAAUGCUGCGGUAAUGACGUGGCUGCAUUUGCGAAGUUGUCGCAUGUAACUUUAUAUGCAUGUACAGCGACUGAUGGAAGUAUGUCAGUGGUGGAGAAAGGUUUCUUUGCCGUAGCCACAUAUUGGCGUUAAUAUUUGUUGAUUCGUGAAGUGAGGUGGUUUGAGGUAGGUUAUGGCAUUGAUAUCACUGAAUAAUUCGUGCAAAUGUUGGAAAAAACCAGCCCGAAACUCUGACAUCUUUCAUCAACGUUGGCAGCUUGUUUACAACCUACAGCGGCCGAUUUUGUACCCAUAUCUUGAUCAGAGAUCUCUUUUUGGAACAAGUAUAGGCACAGUACUAGAUAAGGAAUUUAAGUUUGAGAUAAAAUAAAUCAAGAAUGCUAAAACUAUCCGUUUUGUUGCUGGUUGGCUUAUGGUUAAGUUUUCCUAGAGACUUUCUACACCAGAAAUUCACACAGUUGUUGUCUUUCUCUGCGAUUUGGCAUCGUCGUGAAAUGUAAACUGUUUUCCAACUUUGUACUUUAUAACUUCUAAAGCUAUAUGGCAGUAGCGAAUUGUGACGCUCAGUAAUAAAAUGUGGAAACCAACGCUUUUAAUAUUAAGAAGGGCUGGGUAAGUAAGUUGUUCUGUUUUUUAGCCUUUCUAAAAUCGUUAUUUCCAGAACAAUAGCCGGUUUUGUUUAUGGUUCGUGGUCCGGAUGCCUUUUUCUAUGGGUUUACCGGUAUAAUAAACCAUAGGUUUUUGACCAAUCAGAUCAUGCGUACUAUCUCAGUUAUUUUAUAAUUAGUGAUAGCACUCAAAAGUAUAACAAUAUAACAUAGUUGACAGCGUGAUCAGAGUACGAAAAUUAUAUGCUCUCUCUUUUCCUUUUUAGUUCUUAAAUUAGUUAACAUAACGAUUGAAUUGAGUCCACGAGUUGCUGAAGCAGGAAGCAAAGAGGCUAAACCUAUUUACUGCAAGAAAGAACCAGAAUACACAACUGGGGUAAUAAUUACUCUGUAAGUACAUAGCUAUAUGAAUCUUUGAAAUAAAAAUUGCGCAGAAUUUAUAGUAUUAUGUUACAAAGUGAAAGAAAGCUGGGUUAUUUACUUGGAACAAAUGCCACUAAAUCGUAGUCAACAGUUACCAGCACCGUACAAAUGACUUAUGGACAGAUCAGAAUCAAGCAAAACUAACUACGAAAGAAUGACUGGACGACCCAGGGGGGGCACUUGGGUAUUUCUUGGGUGGUAUGUGCCACCCGGGAGUCCAAAUUGGCACUCCGUUCUAAAAAAAAUUUCCCCUAAAAUUGAUACCCUGUUCUAGAAUUCGCCCUAAAACUGAUACCCCGUUCUAGAAAUGGGCCAAUUUUUUAUACUCCGUUCUAAGGUGCAAAGAGUACAACAGUUUGCUUGUUAACGAAUUGAACUGUAUUUUUAAAAGCAAUCUGUCCUUGAAUAAUUUCAAAUGGCUGCUUACAAAACUGGAGCUUUCGUGCGUUCGAAAUAUUAUACCCCUCUGAAAUGGAUACCCUGUUCUAAAUCAGGAGCUUCAAAAUCACGACCCUGUUGGGCGGCACAUACCCGUAUAGGUAAUGUAUGGGAGUACCCCACCCCCGGGCUGGACGACUGACAAUAUUUAUUUGGCUAACAAUAAACAAUUGUUUGACUGCGACAAGACAUGGAUCAAAACGCACCAAUGACAUUACAAGUCCCGAUAACCAAUAACAUCAUGGCUUAACUGACAGAGGACCAAUAACAUCGCAUUUUAAUUGAGCAGUCAGGUCAAAUAACCAGAAUUUAAUACCAUCAGCUAAUGUGAUACAACUCACUUUGACUCUGAAGAUGACUACCGCACAGGUUGUCAAAAUGUCAGUCACUGUCAACAACAAAAGUCCUAUUCAGGACUCAAUCACCCAGACAAUCAUACUCAACCUACUUAUGAUGGUAUUAUUUAUACAGAACUGGCUCAUGUUCUUAAACUUCAACUUGUUUAAUCAGAACAUAGUGAAUUUACAUGUGGCCAUGACAGUAAACUGUGACAAAAGCAAGCCCAAGCUGUGCAAAUACUAAAAUUUGAUUGGACAUUAACACAGUGCAAUAUCAUCACAUUAUACAUAAGAAUAAUAAUUAUUAUUUAUGUGCAAUUUAGGCCCAAGCUAACCUAGCUCAAGUAUUCUGUCAUAAAUUUGCAAUAUUGUUCUGCUAUGUGAUCAAAGUAAUGCAAAUUGUUGCUGCAAAUAUCAAUAUGUUUUUGUUUUUACAAUUUGUAUCAUGUAUUGGUGUGCUGAUGAUCAAUUAUAAUCAACCAUCAAUGGAAAACUUUAAGCUGCACGAUAAUAAAUUUGUAGAAAAUGUUCAAUAGAUUAUUGUGGGGAAAAAGAAUGUCACGUUGGCAAAUAUGGGUAUUAUAAAUACUUGUUUGUUGUCUUUUUAUCAUCUAUUAUUAUUAUUCAAGGAGAAAGAGAAUUUAAUCACCUCAAAGCACCAAAAAAUUUUGAGGUCCAGCUGAGAAUCAGACUCACAGCCCUGUGAGUCCUAGAUCAGAUGCGCCAACCACUGAGUUACUGAAACUCUGUGAUAUUUGAGCAUAAAAUAAAAGUUGAUGUUGGCAAGCACUAACUUGUGAGCCUGCAGAUCACUGCGGUUUACCCCACAUGGUCUUUCCUUAUCUAGCACUGGGAGUGUGCCUAUGCUAAAUUCCCUCUCAGUCAGCUCUUUCUUCUAUCACUGCAAGUUCAAGCAGCAAAGUUGACCCUUCCAACCUCCUGUUAUUAUAGGCUUCCUGUAGUUGCUUGUCUUUUAUUUUACUUUCUGCUUAUUAUUUGUUUUUUGUUUUUUCUUUGUGUUCAAUGAAUAAAUUUACGGUGGGGAAUUGCUGCCUGCGGCACCCCAUCAGCCUUGUGCUGAAGCCCCAUCAUGGAACUUGGCCAAGGACAUUAUCCCAGCCACACGGAUGUGUGAACCAUGCUUCCCUUGCAGUACAGGCAUGAGGCACCCUCUCGGCAUGGCACCAUAUGCUGAGACCCCUCAUCUGGUGGGUUAUCUGGUCGGUGGGUUCUAACCGAGCCUUGCUGGCUUUUCCCUGCCCAAUUUCGUCUACCAAAGCCUUGUGUGUUGUGUUAUUUCUUAGUCUUGUCGCUGCACCUUAACAUUAAUGCCCCUUAUGUGAAACAUAUUGAAUGUUUGAGAUGAUUACAGUGCUGUAUGUGGCCAUAAAUCAUUGCAUCUUUGAAAUGGUCUUGAAAGGUUUGGUGUCAAAGUGUGGGUUUGGUAAUGAAAUGUUUUGUUGAAUAAUUUGUUGUCUUUUCUUGUUGUAUUUAGAACCUUGUGUGGAAUAAUCUUGUCUCUCUGCCUUGUUGGAACAGUCCUUGAUGUACUCAUUAGCUUUUUUAAACCACGCCCAUCAACAGUGAACAAAAGUGAUGGAUUCAUGCCAAUCAGAAAUGUUUCCAUAGCUACUGAUAAUGAUCAGGCUCCUCCUCAUGUUCCAGUCUUUGGAAAACAUGAUGGUAUAAGUGACAACUCACAAAUGAUUCAUUCCAUCCCUGAGGGGACAGUUAGUUACAGUUCUUCAUUAACCAGCUUUCCUGAACAGCCAAAGGAACCAAGUAAGUUUUGAAUGUUAUCAGAUAACUUUUUUAAACUGAUUCUUGCCGGCUUCAGUUGGUACUCUUAUUUAUUUUACAACCUGUUAAGCCAAGACGGUUAAACAUAGCACCAUGAAGCCAUAAUUGGCUUUUACUUGGCGGGUAUUGGGGGGUGGGGUUGUUGGCUAAAUGGCUAAUUCCAAGGGAGUGACUGGGAGAAAGGCUUGUACAAUGAUUAGGGCAGCUUUCUGUCUUGCCCUUUUCACCUAUCUCUGCUGCAGUAAGGUCACAUACUGUGGGAUCAAUUUCCUGUGUAUCUUUUGAACCAGAUUUCAGGCUUGCCUGCAGCAGAUGUCAAUUUUCCUUAUUAGGUUAUCUAAGAAAGUGAACAUUAUCGUCACAGUAGAAUGAACAACCAAAGUGUGAAAAAAAAAAGAAAUAACCUGAAAAAAAUUCAGGCUUGACUGGGAAUCAAACCCUGACCUUUCCAUUGGCUGGACACAAUGUUCUAUCCAUUGAGCUAAUCAAGCUAGCUGGAGAGCAAACCGUUGUGACAGGGUUGCCACAGUCAGGGAAAAGUCAGGGAAAACGAAAAUUUUUCAAGGUAAGGGAAAAGUCAGGGAAAGUCUUUGAUAUUAUCAAACUCAGUGAAAAGUCAGGGAAUUCUGUUUUCUGGUUUAUAGUUCAUAAGUGGUCUUCAAGAUUUUGAAAUGCAUUUUCUUUUGGAAAAGAAGAAAAGUAUGUUGCAAAGCAAGCAAAGCGAUCAAUUUGGCACUCUACAUCUGACACAUGUAGUAGUUGUGGUCAGUGGUUUUCGUUGUAAAUGCUUUAUUCCAAAUUCCUUCUUCCUCUUUCCAUGAAAACUGGAAAUAGGAUGAAAUCAAGAGAAACUAUCGAUGGCCUGCAAAAAAAGCUAAAGUGAAUGUAAACGUCGAUUGUUUCCCAUUAAUAAAAGGUCAGUGAAAACUGUUUAAAGGUCAGUGAAAAGUAAGGGAAUUUUUAACUUUCUGAUGAGUGGCAACCCUGUUGUGAGUUCGUAAUAUACCUGAUGGUGGAAUUGACAUAAAUUGAUGAAAUAAAUCAUAUUUUGAACUGCAGAAAGACAUCAUGUUCACUUUCAUAUCUGCACUGAAUAUUUUUGUUGAUUGUGAAAGGCAAUUUAUUUGUUUAAUUGUUUUUUUUAUACACAGAUGUGGUGGCAAAAUUCCUUUUGUGUUUUUCUCUUAUCCAAAACACAAACCGUAUUUUGAGUACUAACAUUCCUCCAGGCGCGAUAACAUCAAUCAAUGGCAUGAGAGUAUUGAGUAUGUGGUGGGUUAUACUUGGACACUGUUAUGCUUUUCAGACCACCGCUGGUCUUCCAAGUAAGUUAUUUCAGAUUUUUAUCACUGAUAAACUCCCAAAAAUUUACUUUAGAAGAAGAAAUAAUUAUAGUAGGCAGCAACUGUUUCAGUAUUUUAAAGGCGAAAAGGACCUUUUGUGCAACCCUGGGUCUGAGGAGUGUCAGUGUAGGUAUGAGAGGGGGGUUGUUUUCCUCUCAUUGGGUGGUCAGGCCACUACUUUUCCAGCUUUAGGAUGGUGUAGUUCUCUCCUCAGUUCCUUAGACAUUGCAUCUUUGGUUGCUCACCAGAGACAUUCUGAGCCCAUUACUUUAAUGGAGUUUUGCCAGUGAUUCACACAACUGUGUUCUAAGUCAUUUUCACACUGUUCACCGUGAACAGUCUCACGGAAGUAUAUAUGGUAGACUAGAGAAACGUUAAGCAAAUAACCCACUAAGUAAGGGACCCUUAAAGUCCAAUGAUGUCUGGAACCACAACCUAAGUUAGUCCUCCUUUGACCCAUUUGCCCCUGGAGUUUUUGCCCAAAAACGCUUUUUGAAGCUAGUCAAGCAGUUUUCUGGUCACUGUUGUGCUAGAAAGAGCUAAAACUUACCAUAAAGCCAUUUAUAGGUCGUACACUUAGCGGCCUUCUGAUCCAGAUGCAAAAUAUAUUUAAUCCGUUUACUGCCAAACGCUUACCCCUUAACUGUGAGCAUGACUGGUUGGGGAUACCAGGAACAGAAACUAGAAACGACUUGCAUUUAGUGUGUCUCUUCUUGAGUGAUGUGUCUUUGUAUGUUUUGUAGGUAACCUUUUGACAUUUUUUGGCAUAAUUAAUCGCUUUACAUUUCAAGCUAUCCAAAAUGCAACCUUUUCAGUUGACAGUUUCUUUUUCUUGAGGUACGUUAUAAUAUUAUUGCAUAAACCUUUAAACAUUCUAAAUUAUAAUAAAUGAUGAUAAAUACUUGAUUAUCCCCUCACCUUAUGAGGCUUUUCAGGGAUAAUGAUACAGAUGAUUUGAAUGGAAAAUAACAUUGACGGCAAUUAAAAACAUAGACUGUAAGAGGCAAACUAGUUGGCUUUUUACAAGCCUGACCGAGGAUUUGAACUACUGAGAACAGAUCCAGCUAGCUAUAGUGGUCAUUGCAGGACCUCUGGAUUACAAGUCCAGUGCUGUAACCUGUGGGCCACACAGCCUCCACAAAAACAUACCACUGGGGAGAUUUGGAUGUUCCUUUACAUGGUUAAGGUCUCCAAAAGCUGUUUCUGUUUGUAUGAUGGCAAUAAAACAGAUUUGUUUAAUUCUAAACAUUAAUUUUUACAUUAAUACAUAUAAGAGUUCUUUGUAGAAAAACUGGGAAGUUAAAGCAUUUAUCAAACAUGAUCAGACAGCAUAGGUUGAGUUGGAAUUUGGAAGUGUUUUGGAAAGAGAGGGGGGAAACACCUGUCAAAGCAAAGGAGCGAACCAUCAAUAAACUCAUAAACUCAAACCACUUAUGGAGUCGAGGCCAGGAUUCGAACCAGUCCACAUUGGUGGGAGGUAAAUGUUGUCACCACUGUAACACCCUUGCUUCUAUAAGUCCCCCAGUGAUAGCUUUCACGAAACAGUACAGUCCCAUAAGCAAUUUGACACAACAAUGACCCUGUCACAUGUUCAACCUCUAAAUUGCCCAUAGAGGGUCGAGAAAAAUGUCUAAUAAGGAGUGGAUCAUUACGGUUCUGGGAAACUGCCCAUCUACCCCUCCCCUAAGCCAUCAUUUUGCCCUAAGUGAGAAGUAAGUGUUAAUGUUGGCUUAAGGGAGGGUGUAGGUGGGCAGAUUCCCAGAAAUCAAUAAUGAUUUAGAACGCAUCAUUAGGGGCCAGGGUGCAUUUGGUUGAUUAUAGUCCGGAAUAAGAAGACACAGAAAUUUGUGGCAAAUCUCUUCAACUGCAAAUGUUUCAACCAUUAGACUGGGACAUUUAUCUUAUUACAGUGGAACCCGCUAUAACAAAGUGCCACAGUACCGAAAAAAAUUGUUCAUUAUGGCGGGGUCUUCAUUAUAACGAAGAAAGAAAGACCCGGUUAUUAAACGAAUUAUCUGGCUAACAGCAAAAAUAUUCAUUACAGGGGGGUAAUUUAAUUAUUAGCAAUUACCAAAAAUUCAAUCCUGCACUUAGAAAACAUUAUUUUUAUUCAUUUGAUACUGUAAAAUGUAAGUGUAAAGUGCUGACAAUCAAGACAUCAAAUUCAAAAACACUUUCAAUAUUAAAGCAAGUUAAUUGUGAUUUCUACUCAAAUCUGUCAUUUUUACUGACUGCUGCGAGCGACUGGACAAAGUAUAUGUUACAGCAGGGUAAAUUGUGUGUUGCGACCAUCAAAAUCUAUUCAUUAUAGCAGGGUUUUACUCUAAUUCUGCUGGACUUUCAGAUGUUUUUCAUUACAACGGGGUCUUCUUUAUAGCGGAUUCCACUGUAUUAAUGUCUACCAAAUAUCUAAAUUUUAGCGUGCAGUGAAAAGCAAAACACGUACUUCUUCUUCUGGAAUACAGUCAAUUGAAAGCAUCCAAAGUUUCUUUUCUGGGGAGGCAUCUGUUAAGGUGGCUCCCUAGAGUAAAUUGGCCGUGCACAGCCUGAGCACUAGUAUGGCGCGAGCUUUAAAAUCCGUGCAAGGUCCACGCAAAAAUUAAAACAAACAUGACCUCUCAGUUUCAAAAUAUUCCCCCAAAAAGCUUUAUUUACUUUCUGUUGAAGCUCAUUACGCAAAACAUUUGAUUAGUGUAGGUCAAACAUUUAUGAGAGGAGACAAUGUUACACCGGUUACAAAUCACUAUCGAUCUCCAUAAGAGUAAAUUGUAUGUAAAAACAAAGCAGAAAUUUUCCAAAGACAUCAAUUCUUUCCCUUCAAAAGUAGACAAACGUUUAACAGUCAAAGUAAAUGGUGAGUGGAAACUUUACUAAGAAAACAAAGAAAUAAGUACACAGGGUGCAAAGAAAGUCAGUUUUAGAGUCUAUCGUUUGGGCAAGCUGUAGCUAGCAUGUACUAGCCCACAAGUCAUUUCAACUAGCCCCAAAGCCCCUUUUGAUUAGCAGGAUUGAUUACAAUCCCUCUGUAAUUUGAAUUUCCUCCCCCAAAAAACACUUGCCCGUCGGGCAAGUUAAGAACUUAACUCUCUACGAAUGUAAAUAGAUAAAACUACAACAAUCAAGUCUGGGGUAAACAGGGAAGGGCUCCGAAGUGAACCCUUCCAUUUAAUAACAUUUGCCCAACUGAGACGGUAAAGAUACAGCAAAUGUACAAAACAGGAAUACAUGGAAAAACGUGACAACAACAACAACAAAAAAGAAAACUAAAAAGGGGGGGAAGGGAGGGCAGCGAAGUAACGAUCUGUUAAAGCACAUGGCGAAAGAACUGCGUAGAGCGCAUGACAAAGAAAUAAACUACACCGGUGCCAGUCCUCCCCCUCCCCUUCGGCUAGAGUUAAAUACAAAUAAAUGCAAUUAUUUUAGACUUAACUCUCUACGAAUGUAAAUAGAUAAAACUACAACAAUCAAGUCUGGGGUAAACAGGGAAGGGCUCCGAAGUGAACCCUUCCAUUUAAUAACAUUUGCCCAAGGGAGGCACGACCUAACCCCAGACAAAAGUCUCCAUGAGGGAAAAAAAGAAAUUCUAAACAAACGAAGCGAGACGCUUAACUGCUAGCAUUCUGUCUUGAACUGGGAUGUGGAUAUAAGACCUAUAAGCAUCUGACUGCCAGUCUCCUAAAUGCUUAAUCAGUUCUGCAGGGAUUUGAGCUUGAAAAGCCAGAGUGGCCCCGCCCGAGCGAAAACUAUGUCCACUAACUUGAGACGGGUCCAAGUUCGUCUUGGUUGCUACUAGUUUUAGAAGGCAGUCAAACUUUCCAUAAGUCAGAGGAGUCAGGCCCCCCUCCGUGGAUGCUGGGAUGAUAAAGGCUGGGCCCGAUAGAGGUGCUGGUACCAAGCCAAAGGCAUGUCUGAGAGCGGAAUAAGGGCAGAGUGGAUGUGGAGCAAUGCGAGGUAACGGAACAGUUAAAAUGCGCUGACUAAAUUGGAUGGUCUUCGACCAUCGAUUGAUAAUGAUGGCCCAGUCAUUGAAGAAGAGGAUAUCUCCUCGACGCAGGUGUUUGGAUGGGUCAAACUUUGUUGAUCCUUUGCAUAGCAAAUUCGCCUUACGAAGGAGGCCAAAGAACGCUACGAGGCAAACUGCCCAGAAGGUUGCAUGUAAAGGGCUGUCCAAAUGCAAAUGACUCUUGAAGGCUCAUAGGAUCUGGGGUGUAAUCGGCUUCUUUUGGGACACUGUUAAACCUUUUACACGCUUGAUUCCUCGAAGUGUAGAUGCCAAUUGAAAAUUGUUUUUGGUUGGGUCAGACAGACCAUGUUCAAGGUGUAGAAUGCGAAUCGCAUUUAAAUAGGCUGGGAUGGAGGAUGCUGAGAGUGACCUUGCUAGAAAAGCUGCAUAGCGAUUAAGGGUUAAUGCUGCUGCUGGGAGAGGUUGGUAGCCAUAGUAUACACAAAAGGAGAGGUAUGAACGCAUUUGACUCAUGUAGGUGGACUUGGUAGUAGGUGCAUAUGAUUGACGCCGGAAAUUGGUGACUUCACGGUCAAGUUGCUGCUGAUCUCUUGGAUCUAAGGAGAGCAAGAGACAAUGGCGACAUGUGAGAUUCGAAGUCAUUUGAUCUAGAGGAUUUGGAGAGCCAUGCUUGGAACGUUGGCCAGUAGUGCACAUCAUUAAGGCGUGAAAUACUAUCUGCUAGAGUGUUGGUUGCUCCUGGAAUGUGCUUGACGAACAAACUGAAGUUGUAAUACUCCUUAAGCCAAAACAGAGAACGAAUCCAUUCCAUGAUCACCGGGCAACAGGUUGAGCCUUUGUUCAGAAUGGCUGCAGCCACCUGACUGUCUGUUUUGACGACUACUCGAUGACCUGACCAGAAAGGUGCCCAACGGUGUGCAGCUAAAACAAUGGUAAAUGUCUCCUUGUAAUUGAUAUGGAGAGAGCAUAGAGAUGGGUAGUCCAAGGCCCAGUUGACGUACAUCCAGUCUGGUGCCCAUAGGCACCCCCCGCCAGACAGGGAGGCGUUGGUAAGCACUGCUGUAGGAAGUUCAGGGAUGGCUGAGGGGAACAAAGUUUUACAGUUGUGUGCAGGCAGGAGGCGGGUCCACCACAUGAGGUCAGCUCUCGCGUUUAGGUUAAGAUAGACGCGAUGGUGCGGGCGUUUAGCCGAGUUUGCCAAGGUGAUAAGCCGUCUGAGAAAUGUGCGGCCCCCUCGAACAACACGUGCUGCCCAAUUAAGCUUGCCAAGGAGUCGUUGGAGGUGAAGCUUGGUACAUUUGCUUUUAUAGCUUGUUUCCUUGAGAAGGGAUAACAACUCUGACACACGAUCGUCUGAGAGGCGGAGUUCACACCGAACAGUGUCGAUUUCAACUCCAAGAAAAAUCAGGCACUGGGUAGGGUAGACAACUUUGCUCCAGUUGAUAGUGAAGCCAAGAGACUCUAGCAAGUUUAACAGGGUGUCAAAAGCUACUUUGCACUGAAGUGGGGUUGGUUCGAUGAUAAGGAAGUCAUCAAGAUAUGCCAGCACAGUAUACCCUCUCCGGGCCAUCAUACGACAGAUCCCUUGUGUGAGGCGGUGAAAAACCAUUGGUGAGGCCCUGGCUCCAAAUGGGAGACGCUUAUCAUAGAGGUAGGUGGGGUGUUUUGAGUCGUUGAAGCGCCACGACAUUCCUGUAACUCGCCAGCUAUCAGGGUGUGUUCCAACGCUUCUGUAGGCAUGUUUUAAGUCAACUUUUGCCAACCAACAACCAGGUUGACAGAGAUUUGCUGCAUCAUCAACGGUAACAUACUUGUAGUGUUCUAAAUCCAUAUAUGAGUUAGCAUUCAUCGUUAAGGGUCGGCUACAAUCCAUGAUCAUUCGUAAUUCAUCGGAGUCCUUCUUUGGUACGGCUCCAAGGGCAUUAAUGAUAAUUGGCAUGUUGGUCUUGUCUGCGAUAGCAAAGUGGUCUUCUCAGAGACCUUUGAUUAAUUGCGCUUCAAUUUGAUCUUUAGCUCCAGGUCGCAGAGCAGACUUAUUGUUUUGUGUAAAAGCAUGUGAAACCAUUAAAUCAGGCGAGAGGAGCUGAAAUCCAUUUUUAACACCAUCCAAGAUAAAUUCCAAGUCCGGGUCAUUGGUUAGCUCUGUUGCCCAGGUCUCAAAAACUAAGUCUGUGGAGACCUGGGCUGCUUGGGGCUGCUGCUUAAAUUCUGAAAAGGGCCCUGCAUGAAUGGGUAAACUUUCCCCACACUCUGCGGGAAGUGGUGUCCUUAAGACGGGAUUAGUCCCUGCGUUUAACAAUGUGGUCGAGACAUCUCCUGCUAGUUCUGUAGUCAAAAUACUAUUUGGAGGGAGCUCUGCAGUUGAGUGUGGGUUCAGUAUUGGGGGUCUUGAGCAGUAGCAGACUGGUGCUGCCAUUGUGGGUGGGUUCCCAAGCACUGAGGUUUGAUGCAAACAUGAUCAUAUUUACAUGAAGAGGCAAAGCGGCACCCUUCACGCCGUUGGUAAUCAUAGCAAACUUGCUUUCCCGUUGCUGGGUUUAGGACUGGGCGGGACGUUUUGCGAGGAGAUAGCCGCGGCGGUGUGGGAGUUGGAUCUGGUCUGUGGAGUGUUUGGUGGGAGAUGAACUGGCUGUCAGUACCCCAUUUACAGUUUGUCGAAAACUGCAUUCUGCGGUACAAAUCAUCAUAUUGCAUCACUUUCGGUAAGGGGUAACACUUGGCUAGCUCAGAUAUCUUUGAACUGUACAUAAUGUAAUGAAGGAUGUCUUGGGUGGACGAUAGAGACCCAUCUGACAUGAGAGUAUGCAUAAUACGAAAGUUAGCCGCUGACCAUUGGGGGAAUGAGAUUUUGUCAAGAUGCAGUUUCUUGUCUUGAGCGGUCGUGGCCAUCUUGGGCGCACUUGGUUGCUUGGACUCUCGCGAGUUUGGUGCGUGUAAGAUCCAGUUCAAACUGUAAAUUGCGGUUUCGAAGAUCUUCGAUCGCUGUUUCGUUUACAGUGGGUUGUUCUGCUUUAAAACUGGUUGGAGUAUAAGGUCUUUUAUCAAAGACUCAACCUGACUCAGUUCGCGUUUGACUGCUUCGCUCAUCUGUUGAGGUGUUGCCGAUUCUGCCGCCAGGUCAUCCGUGACGAAAUCUUGUAGUUUUUUCGGAGGUUUUGUGCUCCUGCUGCUCUUUCUAGUCGCCAUAGUGUAAACAUCGACAACAAUGCACCAUAAGAAAACGAUUCAGGAAGAAUAAACGUGAGUUCAGCGAAGUAACGAUCUGUUAAAGCACAUGGCGAAAGAACUGCGUAGAGCGCAUGACAAAGAAAUAAACUAGUGCCAGUCCUCCCCCCCCCUUCGGCUAGAGUUAAAUACAAAUAAAUGAAAUUAUUUUAGACAAAAAUCACUAGCCCAAUGGCAAAAUCCACUAGCCCCAGGCUAUCGGACACUACUUUCUUUGCAUGCUGGUACACUACUAACCCAAAAGGAAGCAAUGUUGCUGUUUCUGGCCUUUGGUUCAUGUUCAGUGGAAAGAUCUGAAAGAUCGAGCCAAUUCCCGAACAAACACUGAAGAUUGUCUUCACUGGCGGAGCUCCUCGGUCACUUUAUUUCUCUUACAUUUGAUUUGAUUUAAGUAAUUCUAGAAGUGGCUUUAAGACAAGAUUACAGGGAGUGUAAUUUUUUUUGUUUUGCUGACUCUAUCACAUUGUUUAAAAAACUUAUCAGAAAAAAGGUUUCCCACUUAACUUGCAUCCUAAUCGAAAGAACCUUUCCAUCGACGAACCAACAUCCUUGUAUUUUUUCUUGUUUCAAACAUCCUUCAACACACAUGCAAGAUGCACUAGAACAUGUUUUUGCACAACGAGAAAUAAUUUUUACUCACAGAUUGACCCUUGACGAAAGCAAUAGUUGUCUGUUGAGACCUAUGGUCUUGUACAUGUAGCUGAGGACAUGAUGUACGCUUAUAGAUCGGAGCCAUCUUUUACAGCAGACUUUUAAAGAAAAACUUUGCCAUCGAAAUUAUCCCUCAAGAAGGACAAGGUUGAAAAAGUAUCCGGAAGUGGGCUGACAUUAAAUUUUGAAGAUCUGCAAACAGUGUACAGCAGAUUAGGAAAUGAAGGGCUUAUUGUGAUCCUUGCACAACCACCGUCUGCAUCUCCGACAAUUGCCAUGCUCACGAGUGACCACCAUGGUUCGAAUUUUAGCUACGAUAGUCAAUUACUUUGAAGAAAACAUUCCGUGUUAGAUAUAACAUUGAAUCCGCUAUCUCUCCUUUUUCAACUGGUGAGAUAUAGACGUAAUAAUACUAAUAAACAGCUUCAAAACAAUGGCUUUUCGUACUUUUCAAAGAAACCACAUGUUUCCAGUAGCUUUGUGCAUUAUGCGCCUGUGGGCGUGAUGGUUCGCGUACAUAUUUUGCUCAUACGACCCCAAACCAUGCGUGUUUUUGAGAUUUUUGUGAUGUCAACGUAGUUAAUUAACCAUGAAUUUCUCGUGUUUCCUUCGGUAAAUUUUUUUAAAAAUCGCCUCAUUUCUUGUCAGUUGCAGUACCUUUGUACUGUUCUUUUCUUCUUAAAAUGUGUAAGAGCUAAAUUCCUCCAUUAAGAAAAAUUACAAAUUUCAAAAUAUUGGCAAAACCAUCCGAACGACCCCAUGAUUUUUCCACUUUAAAAUGUUAAGCAAUAUUGUUAAUAUAAAGUGGCAAAGUUUAAAGACAUUUCACCGUGGGAAAUAAGGAAUAUUAAGAAAAAAUGAUCAAAAAUGACAAAAUUACUGCCUCUAAGGAUGCGAUGUUGCCAUGGCAAUGGCCUUAAUCCAGAAAAUGAAACUUGAUAAAGAAGCCUUCUUAUAUGGGUAACCUUAGCGGUGGAUCUCGUGAACAAAAUCGCAAAGACAAAGUAACUAGAUUUCGUUCUGUAACGUAUGCUAGAUAGCUAGGAUUAUUAGUAAAUACUCUAGGAGCCACCUUAAGAGAUAGCCAAUUGAAGACUUACCAUGAUUCUACUUCUAUUGUACUCAACAGUGGCUUCUUAGUUGCAUUUUUGUCUCUUCGGCACAUGGAGAAAAAUAAUGGGCAGCUUCCACUCUUCAAUUACUAUUUUCAUCGAUUUUGGAGGUGAGUGAACAGUAGACAUACUCUCCUUUUUUGUUCAGGUAAAAUUUGCGCAUCCAGCAACAUGUGUACAUUCAAAAGUAAUGUUGGUGUGCUUUGCUCAAAAAAUUGGAGAAUUCUUGAGAAAUUGCCCCUGUCAGUGGUGGUGGAGCGAAAUAAAAAGUGGGGGCGCUGAAAAUAAAAUUGGACCGUCCAUUUUUUUCCACCCCCCUCCUCCCCCCAAAAUAAGCAAUAAAAGGCGGCCUCUGUCUUUUUUUUAAGACGCCAACAACAUUUUGGAGCCCUUGGAUGCAAUUGUCAAUGGUGCCCACAAUAAAAACUAUAUAGGAGAGCCUUACUUAGGGGGGUGGGGAGGGGGGUGCAGAUAAACAAAAAAGAAAUGUCCCAAUCCAACUGGCUAUGUAUGUUGUUUCUUGUUUUGAACAGACGAGUUGACUUUUACUUGAACUUUCCAAAAUAGUUUUUUAAGUCCUUAUGAGUUAUUUAUUAUUCUGACUUUGGGUUGCUGGUGUCUGCAAGGUUAGUGGAGCAGCGCAAUGCUCGAGCAUGAGGGUAGGAACCCUGGGAGCAGCCCCCACAAGGCACCAUCACACUCAACCACUUGGUAGAAUACUUAACCACUAAUACUUACCUAUAACCACCAAUACUUACCUAUAACCCAUUAUUUAAAGAAGGUGGGGUUGGGAGAAACACAACACUAAAACCGCAUGCAAGUAACAAUGCUAUAAGCAACUGUGUAAAACAAGACACCAUAUAAUUGUAGUGGGGAAAACUGCUAACCAGCUUUGGUUCGAGGUUAAAUUACUUUUAGUCAUUAAAACAUGAAGUUAGUGAUGCUAGUUAUAACAAUAUUAAAAUUUAGUUAAUAUUUUGAAUAGAGUCAUGUCUUAAGUAUGGGGGAUAUGAUUGUCCACCGGGGUGAGUGUAGCCUGCCCUACCAAAACAGGGUUUCUUGGUUGCAGUCCCUGCUGUGCUUUUCACAUCAUUUACCAGAUGUUGCAAAAGUCUUCCAAAUUUUGUCUGAACAAGCUCAGGUUAUGAAGAAUCAGCCAUGUGAUUUUAGCCAAUCAGAAACAGGGAAAUAUUUUGAAUGAAUUGAUAAUGAUGAUGAUGAUCUUAACAAAUAUAAAUAAGUACGAGUGAGUAGUAGCUCUUGGUCAAUGUUCCUAACAAUUAUUACUUGUAUUACUGAUACUCCACAGAUUGACUCCAACAUACAUGUUUGUUUUGCUGUUUUGGGACAAACUGACAGUAUUUCUUGGUGAAGGCCCUUAUUGGCUCAAUUAUCAGUCAGAUGAAGCUUGUGACAAAUACUGGUGGUCCAAUCUGCUCUACAUCAACAACUUUUAUCCUACACAAUUUGGUGCUUCGGUGAGUUUUUGACAUUAUUGUUUUAUUGUUUUUUUGGACAAAUAUUUUUUUGUUAGGUCAGUAUUUCACAACAGAAAACUUGUGUAUUUCGUUUAUUACCAGCAGCAUAAAAUGUAAAUAUGAAAUUAACUGUCAUGUUAACAUCAUAGAUGAGAGGAUAACAUUGCAUGUCCUCUUUACAUACUUUUAUAUUAACAGUUAGCUCGGACGUCAGGAUACAGUGGUUCAACUGUCUGUAGCUAGUGGUGGAGUUAUAAUGGCAGAAGAGGUUGACCACACCACCCGAAGCAACUUCCCCUAUUCUUUUUAAACUGUAGUGUAGGUGGUCCAUACCUCUUGUCUCUUGUACCUUGCAUUCUCAGCUACCCCCCUCUUCUCUUGGCAUCCACCCUUUAGCCUUUAGUUUCCCCUAUCUCUCCUGCUUCACUGUAGAACUCCCAUCUUCUGCCCUUUCCUCUCCUGUGCCCCAUACCCCUCCUGUCCCUAUUCUCCCAGUCCCUCACCCCCCCCCCCCCUUGUCCCACUAGUGUGGGUUCUGUAUCAAUUCCUUAAAAUUAGCUAAUAAAAGAACGAUGCAGGAGAAAAUGCCAAUCGCUUUAUGUCCAAUGACGUGAUUAUCUGAACUAGACAAUGUCUUUAUCAACCACUUUUUUAAAGACCCUUGUUUAUGGUGAAGCUGGGUUUUGAAUCUAGCCUCCUGCUCAAAAGUCUGGCGCUUAUCCAAUUCAGCUAAACUGGGUGGCAGUAUCAUUUGCAACCUAAUAUCAAUGUGCUUUUCUCCACACUAGCUUUUGUGUAUUCCUUGCUUUGCGGAUGAGGUGGUUGUUUUUAAUAGUCAAACCCCCUAUGGUUACUAAUAUUAUUAAGAACAUUUUGUUUAUUAUCUCCACCUUUGUGUCUCAUAAAGCAAUUUGGUUAUAAGCAAGAAUUCUUUUUUUCUGUGGCAUUUCAAAUGAUUUUGAUUUCUCUUUUCAGUGUAUGGUAUGGGCUUGGUACCUCGCUAAUGACAUGCAGUUCUACAUAAUUGCUCCCGCCAUCCUUUUUAUGGCAUACAGGUAACGUGUGUGACCGGCUACAUAUAAAUCAUAGUUCACAUUUCUAUAGUUAGUGCAGUUAAGCCUCCAUUAAACAGCUACCUAUUAACUGGCCACCCUCUAUUAAGCGAAGUCCGAAAAUAAUUGUACAAUAGAAUUGUAAGUUAAAUCUCUAUGAAGUGAUUUUGGCCGUUCCAAUGAGAGUUUUCCUGUCAUUUUGUCCUCUGUUAAGUGGCCAGGUGAUAAGUGAUUGUGAACCUGUAAUAACAUUAGCCUGCGUAGCAGGCGCUUGGAAGUAGCGGGGCACAAGAGAAAAUGGGGGAGCGCGAGGGAGACACGUAUCUCCUUCUCACGCGCCUGCUACACAGGCUAUAAUAACAUUACAGUUACAGACAUUGCCACCUUAGUCUAUGUACUGUAGCGUUGCUGUUGCAAAGUAUGAACCUGGGGGUUAGUUAUCCUGAAGGUGGCUGCUUAAUGGAGGUUUAACUGUACCCAAUUUAAUACUUGAAAUAAGAAAUCUACCGUAAAUGUAAAUCCAGUUCGUUAUCUUGUAUUACGAUAAAUUACAUGGAUUCUUUAUACUAGUGACAAUUUCCUGUUUCCUUUUUUUUUUUAGCCUUUGAAUAGGCUGUCCAUUUGGGGGAAGCUUGGGGGAAGGAGGCUAAAAAUGGUGAGGAGGUGGUGAAAGAAGAAAUGGAAGUGGGGAGGUUGGGGAAGGUGGGAGAGGCUGCCCUGCCCUUUUCCCCUCCCCAGCUUUAUUUGCAGCUCCUCGCUUGACUCGCUUUGCUUGCAGAUGUUUUCCCCCUUUUUCCAUUUAGGAGCCAAGACUCACGCUGUACUUUUUCCUCGUUUCUAACAAGGAAAAUAAAAAUAUUUAUAAUCCCACCAAUUCAAAAAAUAUUUAUUACUACUUGGUAUUUUAUACCACUCAAAUAGCAUCUAAAACAAGUACGAACAGAUGGUAAUAUUAGAGAAGUUAAUCUGCCUAAACCAGUUCAAGAAAUGUCUUAAGACUAUAGCACAGCUCAUCAUUUGGAAGGCCACAUACCUUUUACUCGCGUAUGCGCAAAGAAUUUUCACUUUACUGGCACCUUGAAUUUUUCUAAACAAUACAUCCACGAGUUGGCCAUAGUUAACUUUGAUUCUUAUUAGAUGUUAUGCAUAAUAGUUUGUAAUUUUCAAAUUUGUAAGGAGGAAAGGAAUUCUUUACUUUUAAAUUGUAAUUUGUGAUUUUAAACAAGUGGGGGUAUACAUUUCAACUAGUUUUGUAAGCACUGAGCAAAGAAAACUUGAAUCUUAUGGUUAGGUAAAAUCGAUUCUAAUAUAAUGCUUUUGUUUUGUUAGGUUUCGUCUUGUAGGAAUGCUGAUAAUUGUUGGUGUGCUUAUGGGUGCCAGUUUUAUUACAACAGCCAUUAUAUACGCUCACUAUGACCUUGCAGCCGUGUUGUUAGGUGCGAAAGCACAAGCUAACAGGUAAGAAUUGUCAAGAGGGUUAAUCAUCCUUGUCACCCCAGAAAUGUUCAUUUUCUUAGGCUGCCCAUUUAGGCACCGAAUAUUUUAUCCUGUUGCAUUUAACUGAAUGUCAUUUUGACUGGUAGCUGCGUAUAUCAUUUGUUUCAACGUCUUGUCUACUGUUUUUCUAAACAGCAAUUUGGAAGGCGGAUAAAGCUUUGUAUGGGUGUAUAAGCAAGCAAGCAAGCAAGCUCCCCUGGGGAGAACACUCCCGUACCCCUGGAGAGAUUGCUCGCAGGUUUACGUUUGGGGUGCCAUAUUGCAUUUUUAAGACAUCACACAGGCAUCCAUACAUAAACUAUUCUAAAAAAUUAGGUCAAUAAAUGGUUCAUCUGAAAUGAUAUUGUAAUGCAUCUUUACUGUUACGAGAUAAGUGAAAGGUUUAAAGGGACAGGUUCACGGUUAAGCGGAUGCUCAUUAAUUAAAUUGCUUUUUUCUAAUUUAUUAUUAAUUCUAUCCGCGGUUAAUAAUCCUACUCACAUGUAUCACAGCGAUCUCAGAGUGUAUUUCAAAGAAGAAGUGUAUUUCAGAGUAACCUGAAGUAGGAUGGAGGAGUACUAAAAUCGCAGAAAAAAUUAGUGGAUUAUGCCAACACUACCAACGUUGAAUUUAUUGUUGACCCGAAGGUUUUAUUCCAUGGUUGAUUAAUUUAACGCUAUUCGCAAGCAUGUAAGUUGGUCAAGUGCAAGUGACUGUGCAGAUUGGUUCUUUGACAACAUUAUGACAUGAUCAUAUUGCUUGCAUAGACAAUCCAGCAUGUCCCGGCAGAAAAACAGCAUUUUGAUAAAUGAGCAUACGCUGAACCGUGAACCUGUCCCUAAACAAAAUAAAGGAAAGCAUAAAGGUGAAGUAUAGACAUUGCCUAUCCCUCCCCGAAUCUGACAGGGGUUCAAGUCUUUUGAACAUGUUCUUAACAUCCGUUGGAGCUGUGAACGCGUUGCGACAAAAGUUUCUCUUAGGUGCGUUCUCACUUCCUAUCCACGUAGCCUUUUCCCAGAUACUAAAUACUUACUGAUAUGGUUCCUUGCUAGACCGUCUGUUCAGAACCCCCUAUUUUUCCCCUCUGGGAGGGGUUCGGUUUCCCUCCUUCUACCGCUAUAAUUUCCGACACUCGCCCCCAUGGUACUUUUGAAACCAAGGUGGUCACUCGUUUCACUAAGCGCUUGAUAUCAGCGAUCUGUGAACAGUCCACCUUGCUACCCUGACCAUCUCUGGGAUAAAAUAAAUCCAAUAUCGUGUCAAAAAAGACUUUGCGAAUACCAGGUCAUAUGCGAAUAAUUUUGUUGUUGCAGGGCCAAAGGUGUAGAUUCAAUGUCUUUGACUUAUGUGAAACCUUACUGUCGCAUUGCACCGUACCUUGUUGGUAUGCUGUUAGGGUACAUAAUUUUACACUUUAAGGACUGGAAGAUGUCCAAGGUAACAAGUUAAUACAUACGUACAUACAUGACUUAUUUGUUAACGCAGGUCAGAUUACAUUAGCCUAUGAAAACAGCCGACAUUUUCCGACGCCACCUCUGGUUUCCCCGCGUAAUGACGUGUGAGAAACGAACACAGAAAUUCCAUUCUGAUGACAUGUCGCUACCCAGAUUGGAUAGUGCUUCUGAUUGGUUGGAAAUUUGCUUCGUCCAGUCAUAAGCAAUACCCAAAUCUGGGGGUGACGCAUCAUCAGUAUCGAAUUUAUGCAGUCGUUUCUCAGACGUCAUUUCCCAGGGAAACUGGUGGUGGCGUCGCUGUUUUCUCAGGCUAAGGUUAGACAAAGUUAGUAGAGGACACCGGUUAUGAAAGCUGGUAAAAUCAGAGAUGAAAACAACGGUGGAAGUUCCUUGACCGUGCGCAAUUAAUGCGGUGUUUUUUUUGUCAGUAAGUUCAAAAUGAUAGGAAUGCUAAUGAACGUUGUGUACGGCCUGGUCCAAAAAAGCGAACAAAAACAUAUAACAAAGAAGUCUGUCAGGCUUCAUAAGCAAGGCAAAUGUGCUGAUGUGGUGUACUUGCAGUACAGUAAACACCAGCUUAUGAGAACGAGCGGAUUAAGAAUAUCAGUCUGAACUUUGGCUAAUAAAGCAGUGCCAUAUUUAUAAGAACCAAUUCAGCUAUGUUCUUAUAUAAAAAAUAAAGAGAAUGCCACGAUAAGAAACCAAUACAGUGUCUCAGAUUAAAGUACUAUGGUUUGCUGGCUCAUACGAAUCAUUAUACGUUUCUGGGAAACUGCCCACCUACCCCUCCCAAAUAAUCCAACAUUUUUCCCUACAUGAGAAGUAUGUGUUAUUGUUGACUUAGAGGAGGGGUAGGUGGGCAGUUUCCCAGGAACGUUUAAUCCCAUACAGACUCAGGAACUGCUAGUUUUGAGAAGCAAGAAAUGUUAUGAAAUGUUAAAACUACUUAAUUAUGAUUACUCAUAUUAUUAAUAGUAUUUUUUAAUUUGAAAUUUAUUUUUUAGUUUAAGUAAUAAAACAAUGUAAACACAACCUGAACCAGGUUCCUAAAACUAGUAAGCUGACUUUCUUCCUUUUCCAAGGUGCGUACAUAUAUGUUCAAUGUUGCUGGGUGGUGUGUUGCAAUCGCUCUGGCUUUAUCUACACUGUACGGUGAAUACAGUGCUGUGAGAAAGGACAAUCCAAAGCCCUUCAAUCGCGCCGAAAAUAUCAUAUACGGGACCUUCUCACGCUGCGCAUGGGGCUUGGCACUAGCUUGGGUGAUCUUUGCAUGUCAUCGCGGGCUCGGAGGUAGGUGUCAAUUUGUUAGUCAGACUUGAGUUGGUAGCAGUCGAAAAUUUUCUUAACAUUGUAAGUGUUACGGAAACACCUAAAGGUUGUCUAGAGUUUCGUUCGCUAGUGGACGUAGAAUCUUCUGAGGCACCUUUCAGGACAAUAUCGACAGCUCAUAUAAGUACCUUGCCUUACCUUAUUUACUGCAGUAACUCGCGUUUAACCCUAAUCCAAUGUAGGUGCCACCUAUUUGACUGCACUAGAAGAGUGUGAAACAGAAGUUGGAAUUAUUUGGUGGACUUUGAGGAGUAAAUUGUAACAUAUCGGCUGACUUUAAAGCAUGUUUGAGCUCAUUUCAUGUAAUUCUGACUGUGGUUUUCUAUUUUGUAGGUUUGGUGGACAAAAUUCUGUCAGCUCAUUUCUGGAUUCCAUUAAGCCGACUGACUUACUGUGCCUACCUGGUUCAUCCUAUCGUCCUGACCACAUAUCUCGGUUCUCUGGAGACUAAUCACGAUUACUCUGAUGUCCUCAUUGUAAGUAACAAUUCUGAUGUCUUGAGUAAAACCUUCUACUCGAACUAA